CACAGCCGCUGGCAGUCCCAGAGAACUUGGGAAAGAGCGGAAAUAUUUGGCUUUGCACACUGCCUGCGAACCACUGGUCCCUGCACUUCCAGUAAGACCCUGCAAUGAGGCCAAGGGUUGUGCUUGCUCUGUGUCUGCUGGUAUGCAUGGGCCUUGCCCUUGCCCAGGUGGAGGUGGAGAGGGGGAGAAGGAGAAGAGUCGGACUGAAGCGAGGCAGGAACAGGCCCGCGAGGCAGCGGAAUUCCAACCCGCUCCUUCGGCUAAGGAGCGUCCCUGCGAACAACGGGGACGAUGGCACGUCUGUAUUUAUUGAGUCAUACAAGAGCGUCAAUGAGCUGGAGUCCAACUACAAUGUCAUACCAGGGAAGAAGGGGCAGUGUGUGUUCCAGGGCAUCACCAUGUUUGACAAGGCCGUCUGGUCCCCCAAGCCCUGUGUCACCUGCUUGUGCUCCGAUGGGGCGGUGGCAUGUGAUGAGAUCCACUGCCCCCGGCUUCACUGCCCCCUCACCAUCACCCCUGUAGGGGAGUGCUGUCCUGUCUGCCACGACCUUGUCCCUGAUGUCCCCGAACUCUCUGGCGAUUCCCCAGAACCCAAUGACCCCAGCGAGCUGGGGCCGGCCGCCCCUCGCACCCAGGAGGAGAUCGACGAACUGCUGAGGAAGGAGGAGGAGGAGCACCAGGAGAUGGAGGAGCAGCUCCAGAAGAAGGACGCGGAGCGCAAGAGGAAGAGGAAGCUGAAGAGGCUGCAGGCCGAAAAACAGAAGAAGCUCUUCGAGGAGAGACGGCGGGAGGAGGAGGAGCUGCGAGAGAAGAUGGAGGAAGAGGAGAAGAGACUUGAGGACCAGAGGAGGAGGGAAGAGGAGGAGAAGGCGGCAGAAAAGGAGAAGAAACGGAGGAUGGAGGAGGAGCGAAGGCUGGAGGAGGACAGAAGGAGGAGGCUGGAGAUGGAACAGAGGGAGCUGCUGAGGAUACUGGAAGAGGAAGAGGGGGAGGAAGAGGGAGAGGGAGAGGAGCAGGAGGGGAGGGAGGAAGAAGAGGAGGAGGAGGAGGAAGUCUGGUUGAGAGGAGAUGUUUUCCAAAUGCCCCCACGGCGCACUACCCCAGAGGGAAUCCCGCCUCUCCCUGCCCCUACAGUUGAGGACACCCCCAGAUCCAGCCCCUCCCUCCCUGCAGGCUGUAUCAUCUCUGAUGUCACAGUCACCUGUGAGAAUGCCAAGUUCACCAGCAUUCCACCCCUGUCCAUCCCUGAGCUCAAGGCUCUCAGCUUGGAAGGGAAUGCUAUCACUGCAAUUCCAGCAGGGGCUUUCAAUGGCAUCCCCAACUUGGAGUGGAUCAACCUUGGCAAAAAUAAGCUCACGUCUUCUGGCAUCGACCCACAAGUGUUCAAAGGCCUGAAAUUUCUGACUCGUCUGUACAUGGAUGGCAAUCUUCUGGAGCAGAUUCCCACAGAACUCCCAUCAAGCUUACAGGAGCUGAAGAUCAAUGAAAACAACCUUCGCACAAUCGAUGAAAACAGCCUGCAAGGUCUGCACAAUCUUAUUACCUUGGAGCUGGAAGGAAAUGUGCUGAGCGAGGGAAACGUGGAUCCCUCUGCCUUCCUGCCCCUCACGCAGCUCUCCUACUUGCGGCUGGGUAGGAACCAUUUCCGCACCAUUCCCCAGGGCCUGCCGGCGUCUCUGCAGGAACUGUAUCUGGAAAACAACGUCAUUGAAGAAAUAUCUGAGUCCGUUCUCAAUCAUACGAGAAACCUGAAUAUUGUUGUGCUGAGGCACAACAGGCUGGAUGAGACAAGGAUUGCUCCUUUGGCCUGGAUCAAUCAUCCGCACCUGGAGUCCAUAGACCUCUCACACAACAAGCUUUAUCACGUUCCAUCAUUCCUGCCAAGAUCUCUGGUCCACCUGGUUCUUGUUGGUAACCAGAUUGAGAGGAUCCCUGGCUACGUGUUUGCCCACAUGGAACCUGGCAUAGAAUACCUGUAUCUCUCCUUCAACGACCUGGAGAGCGACGGAAUCAACCCCGUGUCCUUCUUCGGGGCGUUCCACUCCUUGACGGAGCUGUUUUUAGACCACAACCAGCUGACCAAGGUGCCCCUUUCAAUCAGAGAGAUGAAGUCGCUGCAUUUUCUCAGACUGAAUGACAACAAAAUAAAGAAUUUUUCGGAUGAAUCCAUCUGUGACCCCCUGAGCGAUGAGGACUCAAAUCUUAUGACGCUGCGUCUGGAAAACAAUUUCAUCGACACCAGGAAAAUUUCUCCCACCGCUUUCUCCUGCAUAAGAUCAUACUCCAGUGUUGUUCUAAAACCUCAGAAGACUCAGUAGUGUCCUUCUGUUCGUGUUUUCAAGCACAAGCCAAAGAAAGCAAAAAUCAAGCUUUACUGCUUUACCAGACAACCACU